AUGGAGCAAAUCAAUGCUCUUUUCGAUACGGGAGCUACUCGGAGUUUCAUCUCCACUUCCCUUGCGCAGAGGUUAAAGUUACCCUCCUUGGGAGAGACUAUUUGUCUCGUCUCCACCUUCGGAGGGAAACAGGAACGCAAGCGUUCGCAACAGGUGUCUGCGGACGCUAUCGGAAUAACAGGCAAACUCCUUCCCAUGAAAUUUCUCACCACGAACACUUUAACUGACAAAAUAACGAUUCCUCGUUUGUCGAAAAUGGAUAUCAACUAUAUACUCCAAGUUUUGAUUGGCAUUGAUCAUUACAAUGACGUUAUCAAUACUUCGGAACCUAGCAUCACGUCACCCUCCGGGUUACUCGCUGUGCCUACAUUCUUUGGCCACGUUAUAACGGGAAUGGGAAAUGCCGACGCAUCAUCAAAAAACUGGCUGACAAGCAAUGCAUUCCUGUCGUUAGCGCAACCAGAACACGAAAAUUUCGAUCUUUCCGCAAUGUGGGCCCUCGAAAAUUUCGGAAUAACUGACCCAUAUCGGAGUCGGACGAAAAUCAGGAAAUUCUACAGAAUUUUUACGACACUAUCGAAAUAA